AUGUCGGGCCCGGCUGCCUUUUCGGCUGCCUCUCCUCCGUCCAUGCCUGCCGGCAGCCAUGAGAUACGAGACUACUACUCCAACCAAGACCCCCCUCGGUUAUUCCCACACACUGCACCAUCCAUCACACCCUACCUUGGCCUCCGAGCUCGUUUAUCACAAAUAUGGCUGAAUCGAUGGACCAUUCUCCUCCUCCUUGUCCUUGCCCGUACCCUGAUCGCAAUCUCUGGCAUGAACAAUGAUUUGGGCUCCGCUCGGCGUGAAGCUCUUUCCGCCUGUUCGGACGUUGAAUCGAUGGGCUCCACCAUGGCAUCCAUGCCUCAUUACAUGUCUCAGGGCGUCAAUGAGCUGGCUGCCACCGGGGUGGAGAAGUCGGUCCAUGGUCUGAUGCAGAUGACCACUCUGGGUGUCACGGCCGUGGAAGAAAUUGUGGUGUUUGUGAUCGGCAUGAUGACCAACACUUACCUUUGCUUGAUGACGCUGGCAGUGAGCGGAAGCUUGCACACGGUCAUCGGAGUCCUCGAUUCUGCUCAAGAUGGUCUCAAUACACUGACCAGCAACCUGGGGGAUGAUAUGUCCGGGGUGGUUGACACGUUUGAGUCGGCAUACAACCAGUUCCUGGAUGCCCUCGACGGCUUCACAGCCUUUGGCGUGACCGUCCCCACUCCUCCGCCGCUCAACCUGACUCAAGAAAUCAAAACGCUCCAAGGUCUCAAACUGCCAGCCAACCUCGAUGCGGAUCUACAAAAGCUCAACAACUCCAUCCCGACCUUUGCUGAAGUCAAGAACGUGACCGAAAAUGUGAUUCGACUCCCCUUUGAAGAAGUCAAGCAGCGUAUCAACGAGUCUUUCGGCACCUACACGUUCAAUCGGUCGUUAUUUCCCGUCCCUCAGAAGGAGGAACUGACCUUCUGCAGUGACAACGACGGAAUUAAUGACUUUUUCGACGACUUGGUGGGCAUAGCUGCCGUUGCACGCCAAGUCUUCAUUGGGGUGCUGCUGACCCUGGCCAUUUUGGUCAUGAUUCCCAUGGCAUGGGCCGAGAUCAAACGUUGGCGAAAGAUGCAAGAGCGCCGUCGACUGGUCCACUCAAAUGCGCAUGAUCCGAUGGAUGUGGUGUACUUGGUCAGCCGGCCUUACACAUCCACUGCGGGACUCAAACUUUCGCACACCUUCGAUUCGCCGAGAAAGAAGAAUUUGAGCCGCUGGGCGGUGGCGUAUGCUACGUCCGACGCAGCAUUGUUCGUCCUCGCGCUCGCCCUGGCUGGUCUCUUUUCCUGUGCCUGUCAAGCUCUCCUCCUCCGGUCUUUAGAAAAGGAGGUUCCGAACCUGACCAACCAGGUGGGUGCCUUUUCCGACCAAGUGGUGGCGCAACUCAACAACGCAUCGGAGCAGUGGGCUCUGGGUACCAAUGCCGCUAUGGCGUCCACCGGCCGCGAUAUCAAUCAGAACCUGUUGGGCUGGGUCAACACCACCACGACGGCACUCAAUGACACACUGAACACGUUCGUGGACCAGACAACCGAUGUCCUCAAUACCACAUUUGGUGGAACGCCUCUUUAUGACCCAAUCCUGGACGUUCUCAAUUGUCUGGUUCUGAUGAAGAUUGAGGGCAUUGAAAAGGCCCUUACCUGGGUUCACGACAACGCGCACGUCGACGUCCCGAGUCUUCCCAAUGACACCUUUAGCUUGGGUGCAGUUGCCAGCCUCGCUUCCACGAGCGAUCCGGGAGAUUCAUUCCUGGCAAGUCCUGGCGAUGCAGCAAGUGACAAGAUCUCCAGUGCUGUGACCAGAUUCAUCGAUACCGUGGAGGAGGCCAUUCGGACCGAAGCCAUCAUUUCAACCGUGAUCUUGCUUGUCUGGAUUCUGCUAGUGUUCAUGGGCAUCAUCCGAGCAUGGACCCUCUGGCCCCGGCGAGAUAUAGUCGGACGGGAAGGCGGUGCACCAGCAUUGCCUUCGUCGACGGCGCCAAGGAACGAUUUUCGCUCCGACAAUCAAGAUCGGUAUGCUGAGUUUGCCGAUAUCCCAUUGAGCACCGCCCAUGCAAAUGUCAAUCGGCCAAUGUCACCGGCACCUAAGUAUACUCCAUCCACAGAGGUGGAAAUGCGUGAGGAGGAUUAUCAAGAUUCCAAACUCGGAUUGGCCGGGCGUCAGGCGUACGUACCAAGAAAACCAACAGACCAGAAUUGA